CUCACCAGUCCAAUAUAAAUACAGGGAUCACAUUUGCCAAGGCACACAACUUCUGCCCGGACUUCUACUGGCAUUACAGGGAUCUAAUAUCCUCCGUCGCAAUGAAGGGUGUGAGGACUAUUACAGCUUAUGCACUUGCUCUUUUACUUCUGGUAACGCUCGUCUCCCAUUCGUGGAGCGCACCGAAAGGCAGUUUCCAGAGGAGAAAUUGGUCACCUCAGGCAAUGCUGUACCUCAAGGGCACUCAGGGACGACGGUUUAUCAGCGAGGACAGAAAAGAGGGAGACGUAUAUGACACAUUACAUUUAGAGACUCGGAGUCAAAACACAGAGAAACUCAGUGUGAACCAGGCAGCCACAGUCCUGCUCAAUUUCCUGCAGCAAGCCAAGGAGGAUGGAGAAGAAAAUCCUGAACAGCUGUACUUUCAAGACUUGCCGGCAUGGAAAAGAGAGUACUUCUGAUGUAUUUUUAUAAUGUAUUUAUUAUUGUUGAUAACAUCCUAAUCUAUUGCAUCUGUUGAUCUCUUGUUGUUGGAUGUAGACUAUUUAAUGCAAUGUGAGAAAAACACUGGACUCUAAGUACGGCUACACUGAAAAUGUUUGAAUGUGUUAUUUAAUACAAUGUUUAAUAAAAUUAUUUUGAAUUCAUAGCAA